AUGGACCGUCACCCUCAAGCACCCGUCAAGCAGCACCUCAUCGUCCUCGCCGGCGUCGUCGGCUCGGGCAAAUCCACCCUCUCGUCCGCCUGGGAACGUCUUGUCCCCGGCUGGGUCCGCGUCAACCAGGACGACUUGGGCGACCGCCGCGCGUGCGAGCAUGCCGUGCGCGCCGCCCUCCGCAACGGCCUCUCGGUCCUCGUCGACCGCCAGAACUUUGACGCUCAGCAGCGCCGUACCUGGCUCGAGAUCGCGACCGAGUUUCCCGCCGUCGAGGUCGGCGGCAUGGUCAUGGGCACGAACAAGGAGGAGUGCCGCCAGCGUCUCCUCGUACGGCAAGACCACCCGACGAUCGACAACCCGCGUCUCGCCGUCGACCUGCUCGACAAGUUCUCGGGCCUGUGGGAAGAGCCCCGUCUCGACGAGGGCUACGACCACCUCCUGACCCUCCCCUCUCUCCCUCCCGCGUCAUCCAUCACCCCCGCCCUCAUCCUCUCCCUCCUCGCCUCCCUCGCCGCAACGCCCCGCAACCCCAACGCGGCCGCACAGCGCCAGCCUCGCCCUCGAGCGGCGCCUGGUCCGCCCGGCACGUACUCGCGAGGAGGAGGAGAACGAGGCGCGUUCGUCGACGACGGGACGUGGCGCGCGCCGAGGGCGAGGACGGCGCCGGGACCGCCGCACCAGUACCCGCAGCCGCAUCACCAGUACCCGCAGCAGUACCAGCAGCAGCCGUACUACCCGCAGCAGCAGCACCGGCACCAGCCGCACGAGCCCGCGCCGCACCUGCGCGCCGCCUUCCCGCCCAGCGCAGGGCACGGCGGCGCGUGGUCCGUCCCUCCACACGCACACGCGCACGCGCACGCGCAGCAGCAGGCGCAAGGACCCAGCUGGGGCGCCCCGCUCGUGCCGUCGGAGCUCGAGCUCGAGCAGCGCCGCAGGGCGGCGGGCGCGGCGGCGCAGGCGAGGGCGGAUGCUGCGGCGGGAGCGCGGCGGGGGCAGCUGCGAGACGGUGAGGGGACGGGCGUGGGUGGGGCCGGGUGGGCGCCGCCGCCGCCGAUGGUGGAGCAGCCGCGAGCGGGCGGCGCUGCAGGGUUCGAGGCGAGGUAG